CACUCGAUCCGACCUGCGGGUUCAGCAUCCGUUUGCUCAUCUCUAUAAACUGAUGCUCUUCCCUUUGAGUUUCAAAGACAAAUUCGAAAGUGGAGGUUUUAGCUUCAAUGCUCAUAAACCUCAGAAGAAGAAUAACCAUUCUUCCAUUUCACACAAAUCCUUCACCCUCCAUUUCUCUGAAUCUCAUCUCAACUUCCACACAAAUCCCACGCUCGGACUCUACAAAUCCCCUAUCAGAAUCCCAACUCAAAUCCUUAGUUCUAAGCCAAUUCAGCCAUGGCAAAUUCACAAACCUCCUCCAAAACGUCGUCGCUUUGCCCGCUCUUCUCCUCACCGCCUGCCAAAACCUCACUUCCCCAAAAACCCAGAACGGCAACGGCCUCAGCCCCUCCCUUCUCGAUUCGGUUUCGAAGCGGUUCUCAAUCCACGAAAUGGGUCGGCAGCUGUGCGAGAAUCGGUUUGAUGUCGGAGCUCGCAGCGUUGCAAUGGCGGCCCAGAGAAACAGAGGUGAGUCUUUGGUAUUGCCUAACUUGAAAUUGAAGGUUUUGAUUGAAGCUAUUAGGAUGGUAUUGGGAAUUGUUUAUGAUGAACGUUUUGUGACAUUUUCUUAUGGUGGUCGUGUUAAUAUGGGACGUCAUACUGCCAUUAGGUACCUUAAGAACUCUGUAGAAAACCCCAGUUGGUGGUUUAGUGUUGGAUUUAACCGCGAAAAGUUUGAUCAACGAAAUGUGAAUAAGUUGUGCUUAUUUAUGCAAGAGAAGAUAGAUGAUGAGAUUUUGAUUGAUGUUAUAAAGAAGUUGUUUGAAUGCGGCGCAGUGAGAAUUGAGUUGGGUAGUUGUUGCCUUGGAAGAGGGUUUCCUCAGGAAAGCGGGUUGACUUCGAUUUUGAUGAAUAUCUACUUUAAUGGGUUUGAUAAAGAAAUUCAAGAAAUGCGUCUGAGGAAGAAUCAAGAGCAUCCGAAAUUUGUUUCGAAUGAACUUGUGUCGAAGCAUGAUGUGUUUUAUAAGCCAGUGAAGAUAUAUGCGGUUAGAUACUUGGAUGAGAUAUUAAUAAUAACCUCUGGAUCUAAGAUGUUGACAAUGGAUUUGAAGAACUGGGUUGUGAAGUACUUAGAGGGAACACUGGAAUUGAAGGUGGAUGGGCUAAAAACAGCUAUUCAUAGCGCAGUUUCUGAGAAGAUUGAUUUUAUGGGGAUGGAAUUACAGGCAGUUCCGCCUUCGGUUUUGAAUCCCCCCAUGUCAGAAAAGGCCACCAGAGCACGAAAAAAGUACCUAAGACAGAAGGAAGUCAAAGCUCUGGAAUUGAGAAAUGCCAGAGAGAGGAACAGGAAGAAAUUGGGAUUGAAAAUAAUGAGUCAUGUUUAUAAGAAGUUGAAGAGAAGUAGUGGGUUUAAAUCUGAACAUCAAAUUGAGAAUGAAGUCAGGGAAAUCUUCAGAACCUGGGGUGGCGAGACAGUGCAAGAGUUUCUUGGGUCGUUGGAGGAGCAUUGGGAAUGGUACCAUAAAUUAUCAGCAGGUGAUUUUCUCUCUUUGAGGCACAUUAGAGAUCAACUGCCUCAAGAGCUUGUUGAUGCUUAUGAUAAGUUCCAAGGGCAAGUACACAAGCAUUUGAACCCAGUCAAAGCUAGAAGGGCAUUGGAGGAAGAAGAAAGGAGGGCAAAAGAAGAAGAGGAACAGAAAUAUGCUAAGGCCACAGUUGAGGAUUUGGCAAAGCUCUGUGUGAAAGCCGAUGCACCGAUAGAACUUAUUAGGAAGAUGGUUAGGUUGAUUGGGUUUACAAAUCAUAUGGGUCGUCCCCAACCAAUUACUUUACUAACUGCACUGGAAGAUGCUGAUAUCAUUAAGUGGUAUGCGGGUAUAGGGAGAAGAUGGCUGGAAUUUUACUGCUGCUGCCAUAACUUCAAGAUGGUCAAAACUGUUGUGACUUAUCACAUGAGGUUCUCUUGCAUAUUGACUCUAGCGGAAAAGCACGAAUCCACCAAACAGGAAGCCAUGAAACAUUAUACUAAAGAUUUGAAAGUCUUUGAUUUAGAUGGAAAUGAAGAAGUACACUUCCCCACAGAAAGGGAAGUGAAAAUGAUGGGAGAUAAAAAUCUCUCUGAUCCAAAACCUGUGGAUGGGGCGCUAUCUUUGGCUUUGAUUAGAUUAGCUUCUGAUGAGCCUCCGUAUUCAUGUGUCGCUCAUUUCUGCAACAGAACUGAUACCAUUGUUUAUCGGGUACGACUACUGCAAAAUCACUUGAAUGUGAACCCCAUGGAUGAAAAGAAAUGGGUCCCUGGUAUGGGUGCAAUUAACGAAAGCCUCAACUUGAAAUGUUUUCCGGUUUGUCCUGAUCAUACACAUGAUUUAUACAUGGGGAGAAUCACCUUUCAGGACAUUGAUUGUACUUCAUUUGUGGAGGUAGACUGAGUUUUACAUUCCUCUGGUUCGGUGUGUGAUUAGGUCCUAGUCUACAAGGGCCGUUGAUGCGUUGAGGUUGAGAAUUCUUGCGUCUGCUUAAGCCAGGUGUGUGAUUUUUGUACAUUAUCUCCGCUGUGUAUUAAGUAGUAGUGAUAACAAGGAAACUUUUCGAUAAUAUAUGAUUCCGCAUCUUACAUCUCAUUUGUAGACUAGAAUUAAGUAGUAAACUAAAACUUCUCACAGGCCGUUUGGAUGGUAAAUAACUUUGCUGAUGAAAUAGACCAGCGAAGAUUGCUCUCUUUUCCCGAAUUUUAAGAUUUUGCAUACCUCUACUUCAAAAACGGAUUUUGCAUAUGGAAACCCGAUUUUGUUUU